ACUAUAUGUGCUUUGAUUUGUGGUCGACCAAUUAUAAAACCAGAGUUUUUUGUUGAAUUGAUCAAAGCUAUUCAGUCCAGACAGCAGUUGCCAAAUCAUAAAAGCUUUUAUCCUCCAGUUGACGAGCCUUCCAUUGGCACUGAAAAACUGGAUUUGUCUGAGCAUCAUGAAAGGAAAAAAAUAUUCAGUGGAAAAACUUUUGUAUUUCUAACUGCCAAGCAGCACAAGAAACUGGGUCCAGCGGUUGUUCUUGGAGGUGGGGAAGCAAAGUUGAUGACAGAAGGAAGAAAAGAAACAUCUUUACUAGUUUCUCCUGAUGUUUGUGUUGUUGAUGUGAUGUUGACAAACUCUCAGAUCCCAGGAUGUGACUCCAUGAGAAACUGGACUGACUCUGUUCUGACUGUCUUGCAAAGCAAGGAUCUCAGGGCUAUUCCCGAGGCAGAAAUUGGAUUGGCAGUUCUCUUCAUGUCUACAGAAAAAUUCUGCAACCCUCAAAAGCAGCUUGGUAACAAAGUUGUAACUGAAAGUACUUCUGCAUCAGCUGUUGUAGGGCGAGCUGUUUCUCAGAGUUUGGUUGUGGAUGAAACCAUAAUGGUAGCUGCCGCAGAUAACAGCACAGCAUAUGUAGCUGAUACAGAAAUAGAAGAGCAGACGUGUAUGGAGGUAGAGAAUACUCCCCAGAUGGAUAGACGAGGGAAGAUGGCUUUCCAGGAUAUAACCACCAUAAAGAAAAACCCUAGCACCAGUGGCAGCUUAAAUGCAGGAACAUCAACAUCUAGAGUGAACAGAACAUGUGGGUUUAGUCAAAAAAGUCAUCCUAUCUCACCGUCUAAAAGUUCGGAAGCUGUUAAACCUAGUGAGUGUGCUUCACGUCGCCAGUCUAACCCCAUUACGAGUUACUUCCAGGUAGCUAGAAAAAGGGAAAGAACUGAAGAAGGAGAAGAAACAUCUGUAGCCAAACUAGGAAGACUGAAGGAAAGGUCAUCGCCUGUUCCCAAGUGCACUGAACCCACAGCUUCAUCAGUGCAGAACAGUGAAGCAGAGCAGCAUCAGAAGGAAACUAACAUCCUGGACCUAAGCCCAAAUUUUGCAUUAGAAGACACAAGUAUAAAGCUUGCGAGGGAAAGUGGCAAACUAACAAGUGAUAAAACUGACACUAAAACUACUUCUAGUGAAAAGCAUGCAUCAAGGAAGAGAAAGGAGUUAGAUGAUUUGUCUGAAGAUACAGAGACACUAGAAAUUGUGUUUGGAAGCAGAGACCUAGACUGUGAAGAUCAAAUGGCAGAUCAUGACCAGAAGGCUCAGAGAAAAAGAAAAUGUUUGGAAGCCAAAGGAAGCAGGAUUCAAGAAUUUAAUGUAAAACAGAGAGAGGAGAAUAAAAUACUGAAAGAAGAGGUACUUGGAUCAUCAGUUCUAACCCCAGAAAUGAAAUGUGAGUUCAAACAAGACUCACCGGUCUUGAACCACAACAAAAUGCAGGAUGACUUCAGCAAUCUUCCUAGCAGACUUCUGUUGACUGAGUUUAGAUCACUGGUUGUCAGCCAUCCACGACAGAACAAUCAGCUUACCGGAAAUACCAGCUAUGGGGGAAAGAAAAAUUUCAAACUGUUCAAAAAGGUAGCGUAUCCAGGGGCCGGGCAACUCCCACACAUUAUUGGAGGGUCAGAUUUGAUUGCUCACCAUACUAAAAAGAAUUCAGAGCUAGAAGACUGGUUAAGGCAAGAAAUGGAGGAACAGAACCGACAUGCAAGAGAAGAAUCACUUGCUGAUGAUCUCUUUAGGUAUGAUCCAAAUGUGAAAAGAAGAAGAUAA